AUGCCAAAUUAUCCACAGCCACAAACCCGUCUGACAUUCGAAGUCGCCAUUAUCUGUGCCCUGGUCGAGGAGCUCGAUGCCGUCGAGGCUACCCUUGAUGACAUAUAUGAUGUUGACACUUACAGCAAAGGAGAAGGCGACCCAAACAGAUAUAAAGGAGGAAAGAUUUUGCUGCCGGGAAUGGGGAAGGAACGAGCCGCAAGUGGAUCCGCCUACUUCUGCACAGGCUUCCCAGAUAUCAAACUAUGUUUACUAGUUGGCCUCUGCGCUGGAGCGGCGAGGGACCACCACAAGGAAGACAUUCUACUUGGCGACAUUAUCAUCAGUACCAGCCUUGUGCAAUCAGACUUUGGGCGACAGGGAAAAGAUGGAAUCACUCGAAAAGACACCAUCGGUGACAACUUUGGGCGACCAAGCAAGGACAUCCGAACUCUCCUGUCCAUGCUCCAAACCCAAAAGACAGGCGGGCAAUCGAGGGCAAAUAGCAUCGCUGCAUUGAGAGUCCUCUCGCAGACCAGACAGACCUGGCACUAUCCAGGUCGAGAGAAGGAUGUCUUGUUUGACGCCAAGUACGACCACAAACAUCAUAUCCCUGGACUAUGUGAGGCAUGUGACGAUGGCCACGACUGUGAAGCCGCACAGAGAGCGUCUUGUGAGUACUUGAAAUGCGAUAUAGCCAAGGCAGUUGAGCGACAGACGGUACGGGAAGACCAGCUUCCACGCAUUCAUUUUGGCGCUUUCUCAUCUGCCGACCAAGUCAUCAGGUCCAGCAAGCACCGGGACGCGAUGAAUGCUGCAGAUGGCGUCAUUGGCUUUAAGAUGGAAGGCGCAGGGGUAUGGGAUAACUUCCCUACCGUCAUCAUCAAGGGUGUCGGCGACUACGCCGACAGCCACAAGAACAAGAAGUUCCAACCAUAUGCUGCUGCGACUGCCGCAGCAUGCUCCAAGGCCUUUCUCAUGGAAUGGGAGCGUGGGAGGACCCCAAGAAGCGGACAGGCAUCGUUGCCUUCCCCAUCAAUGCCUACCUCGAUCAACAAUAACUACGCAGGAGGUACGUUCAAUACCAUGGGGAAUGCCUUUUACGGUGGUAACUUCACCUCUCAUGGCCCGAUGAACGUGUAA